CUCUUUUCGGGCAGACUCACUUACUGAACGCUUUGCUGAAGGUUAUCAUGGCCUGUUUUACGGGACUCCUAAUAAUCUGGGCUACGUGUGUGGCAGCUCAAACCGAUUGGGAUAUCGUCGAGAACAACGUCUUCAUCUCGGCAAAAGAAACAGCGAGGAAAACUGAUCCUGACGAUAUUACAGCUUUGAUGAAUGAGGAUGGCUCAUUCUCUGACUUUGUAGCAAGAUACGGAACAGUUGAAGACCAGUCCUUCGCCUUCAGGGAGCACGCAAAGAGGCUGGGGGCUCUCGCCUACCACCAUGUUACCAAUAACGACCGGGAUAUGUCGGGACAUAUCACAAAAUCCUUCAACUUCCUCGCUUAUAAGGCGCCUGUUAACCAAGACAAGAAUCAGUGGGCCCAGUACAUGGGCAUCCCGCUCGAUAUGUGGUCGCCUUUAGUACUUUCCAAGGGCAUCAUCAGUAAGGUCCUGCAAGAGGCAAUACUUGACAGGUACUGGAUGAACACUCCUGCGGGACCGGUGUGGAACCUGACUCAGUUUACGGGAGCCAUGUCAGGCGCAAAUCUGGGAUCCCGGGCCUUAACAACCGAGGUACGCGCUACAUUGAGUGAGGGAGAAAAGCGCAACGAUAUCCAUUCAUCCGUUAUGGAGAGACUGCACCAAGACCUCGCCGAUAUGAACCCUUAUGGCGAUAAUGGCUUGAGGCCUGAUGGUUGCAUCCACCAGCACAACAAAGAGGUACAGGAUGGCAAUGAACACUUCGCACAAAUACUUCACAUGAUCUACAACGGCAGCUAUGGAAGAGAGAUGCUGAUGACUAUUGGCACAGUGUUCACAUGGUUUGAUGGCACAUCUUUAAACUUCGAUAACAAGACUAUUGAAAACCUUAUAUAUGCCUUCACCGAGUGUCAGCAGUGGCUGUUCCGCGGGAAAACCUUCGAGCCAACAACCACCGGACGCUUCAUCACGCGAGGAAACGUUGUCACAAAGUGGGCUACAAGAGGAGGAAUAGAAACCGUGGCUAAGAUCCUCCAAAAACUGCAGUUGGGUAAAACAAACUAUAACAAGGAAAUACUGAAGAACGCUCUCCACCGCUACGCUAAGGUGACGCCUGACCCAGCGUAUGCCCUAGUCGGCAACAAAUACUUUUUCAACUCUGAUCUGACGGUGCACCAACGACGGGAGUUCAUGGCAAGUGUGAGAGUGCUUUCCCUGAGGACCAGCCGUCAGGAAUCGUGGGAGAACCUGAAUUCUCAGGGUUACUUUCAGGGUGACGGAUUCCUGACGGUAUUGGUUGAUUCACUGGAGUACGGCAAACCCGAAGCUGAGGUGUUCCAAGUAUAUGACUGGGCCCGAGUCCCUGGUGUUACCAACCUUUAUGCUAAAAACGUAAUGGAACUUGAGAAUCAAAGUGGACUGUCAACAUGGAGGUACUUUUACAACAAUGCAAGCUUUGUGGGCGGAGUGACUGACGGGAUGAUAGGGUUGACCAGCAUGGUGUACAAUCGCCCAUCUGUUCAACUUAAGGCUCAGAAAUCCUGGUUCUUUUUCGAUGACGUCAUCCUCGUCGUGGGCUCAGAGAUCACACUUCCUGACGACGGAAAAACUGGCGAAAGCGUCAUAACCACCCUGGCUCAGGUAUGCUACGAGGGUUCUAACGUGAUUCAGCCUGAAAAUGGUCAAGAGAUCACCCAGAACCAAGAUAGUGAAGACUUGACACUCGACCAUCCAAGGUGGCUGCACCACCGCCGGAUUGGAUAUGUUUUCCUGAACGGCGACGAACGGCUCACUGUUAAGUCACACACAGAUAGCUCCAAGGACAUCAAUGUGUUCACUGCCUACCUUGACCAUGGUCCAUUGCCCAAGGAUGUCAGUCUGACGUACGCCGUGCUGCCCGCCGCUGACCUGGACAAGACUCGUCGCUUUAGUGAGAAUCCAGACGUUGAAGUUCUCUCCCAGACAGCAAGCUUGCACGCUGCCUGCCACCAUCCUUCCAAGACCCUGGGUGCCGCGCUGUUUGAGGCAGGGGAUGUGACCGCUGCGUGUGGCGGUGCGGAACUCGUGACUCUCUCCGUGGAUCUGCCCUGCCUCGCCCUCCUUACCAUCGGCAGCUCUGAGAUCAGUGUCACAGUGGCAGAUCCCCAGCAGAAGUACAAAACUCUCACUGUGACGGUGACGCGCGGAGAGAGUCAGAUUCAGCAGUUGGUGGAGCUCCCUAUGUUCCCCAGGCGUGGCUCCAGCAUGACCUUUGUUGUGAUGGUGUAAUAUAAUGAAAGCAGCAUAAAAGUACCACAGUACCACAAUCAUUGUUCCGGAUCUACCACUUUGCCCUCAGCUAGCCAUGGUACCGUGUACUGCCACCACCACAACAAAGAUCAUGUACACAACAAUCUCGCCUUUUUUAAACACCGUCGCAUUGCACGCAACGUGGUGUAGAAUCGCAAAAAGCGGGAAACUUAUGAGAAUGCAACAACAGUAGUGAAAAAAAUUCCACUAUUGUUUUAUUUAAUGUUAUAUCUUUGCUUAAAUAUGUCAGAAGCAACGAGGGACAAAA